AUGGGCCAAUUACGAUAUACUUACGAGGAUUACACCAUUGGGUGGGUUUGUGCAUUACCAAAUGAACAAUCAGCUGCAUUCUUCAUGCUCGAUGAGAGGCAUGAAGACCUCGACAAUCCACCCAACGAUCAGAACGCAUAUACUCUCGGAAGCGUCGGCAAGCACAAAGUUGUCAUUGCUGGCCUUCCGAAGGGAAGGUAUGGCAAUAACAGCUCAGCAACGGUUGCAGCCCGAAUGAUUUCUACUUUCCCAAACAUUAGAGUUGGCUUAAUGGUUGGAAUUGGUGGAGGUAUUCCACAGAAAACACGACUCGGAGAUGUGGUCAUUAGCUGCCCAAGUGGCACGGAGUCGGGUGUCGUCCAGUGGGAUAUGGGCAAAGCAGAGCAAGGUGGACAGUUUAAAAGAAUCGGAUCACUAGCUCCUCCGCCAACAGCUUUGCUCACAGCUUUAGGAAAGUUUGAAGCUGAUCAAAUUACAUCACGAGAAAAGAUGCUUAGCUAUUUGGAUGGGCUGAGAGAGAGAGCCAGUGUCCCAAGAAGCUUUUUGAAGUCAAAUUCUCUUAAAGAUGUCUUGUUCAACUCCGGGUAUACCCACGUGGAUGGGGAAGACUGCAGCCAAUGCGAUGAGAAGAUGCUGCUUGAAAGAAAGGCAAGAGAAGACGACAUGGUGAUCCACUGUGGUCUGAUCGCAUCAGGAAACCAAGUGAUCAAGGAUGCUGUUCUUCGGGACAAACUGUAUGAGACAUUUGACAAGAACGUUUUCUGUGUUGAGAUGGAAGCUGCAGGAUUGAUGAAUGAUUUCCCCUGCAUUGUCAUUCGAGGAAUAUGCGAUUACGCAGAUUCACAUAAGGACAAAAGGUGGCAAAACUAUGCCGCAACUGUCGCAGCAGCAUGUGCAAAGGCAUUCCUGUCGGUAGUACCGGCCAGUGAAGUCGAUAAGCUCCAACGAGUUCAAGGUGAGUUACUUUUUCUUUCCGGGAGUCAACAGUUAGAAUUGGGGUAG